GGUGAGGGUGACGGGACUGGAUGUUGUGGCGCUGGGCAAACUGCGAGGGGCGCAAUGUUGGACACAGCCGGGGCUCUGCAUGUCAAUGAGACCUAAUCUUCUGAAGGAAAUCGCCUCUGGUCGCAAUCAUGGGGCAGCAGAUCUCCAGCCAGACGCAGACGGUUAUCAACAAGCUUCCUGAGAAACUGGUCAAGCAUAUGACGCUGGUGCGCGAGAGCGGAGUCCUGACGUACGAGGAGUUCCUGGGCCGGGUUGCCGAGCUUAAUGACCUAACCGCUAAAUUGGCUUCGGGGCAGGAAAAGCACCUCCUGUUUGAAGUGCAGCCGGGUUCCGACUCCUCCGCCCUGUGGAAAGUUGCCGUGCGCGUUCUGUGUACCAAGAUCAAUAAGACGACGGGUAUCGUGGAAAUCUCGCGGAUAAUGAAUCUGUACCAGUUCAUGCAGCUGUACAAGGACAUCACCAGUCACGCCGCCGGAGUGUUCACCCAGAGCAGCAGCGAGGGCGGCGGCGAGGGCGGCGGUGGCGCCGCAGAGGAGAACACGGAGAGCUUUAACUCUCUCUCUUCCUGCCAAGCCAGCUUUUUAAUGGGAAAGGUGAAGCAGCUGACAGACGAGGAAGAGUGUUGUAUCUGCAUGGACGGGCGGGCCGACCUGAUCCUGCCUUGUGCGCACAGCUUCUGUCAGAAAUGCAUCGACAAAUGGAGCGAUCGGAACCGCAACUGCCCGAUUUGCCGCCUCCAGGUAACCGGGGCGAACGACUCAUGGGUGGUGUCCGACGCCCCCACAGACGAAGACGUGGCCAGCUACAUCCUCAACCUGGCCGACGAGGUCGGGCAGCCCAACGACACUUUCUUCUAAUCCCCGGCAAAUCCCACAGACGCCGAUAUCGUCUGCAUUCUCCUAAAUGUAUCAUGUAACCCCCCCAAUCUCUCCACCUACUGACUUUAGUAUAAUCUCGGUUUAAGAAGAAGUGGUUUUGCGGUGCUUUGGGGAGGUGGUGUCUGAAAAUCGGCGCUGUGUCUCCGCCUGUGUCGGAGGAAGAAGCCAUUUUCGUCGCCACUCUUGCUUUGAAUAUAACUUUAUCGUUUCUUUGUCAUUGUCAGACUGACAGAAAUCCAUUGUAGGCGGCGGGGGGUAUUAUGUGGCACUUUCUGCCUUCAUAGCUAAAACACCACUACAGUCUUGUUUGAUGGUAAUGCAAGGCUUGUGAUUGUAGCAGCGUCCUAUUGGCUCUCCGUAUGUCACUUAUGGGACCAUUCUGGGGUUGCCGUCACACUGUCACCCACUUGCACCCAACUCUGCUCUGGGACUUAGGUGCUGUAGGUGAAUUCUGAUUGCCCAAUUGGCCAUUGACGGGCCCCAAUGAUCUGUCUAAAAGCCACUAGGUUGGACACUGUACCUGGUUGGCCAACGUACGGCCACCUUUACCUAUAAGCUAUAAGUCGUAACACUGACAGUUAGCCGGCCAGUUUGGCACCAAUCAUCCCUUAUCUACUAAAGAGUAUUUAGUGCGUUCCCCAUUAACGUUUCUGCUAUUCUAUUUUUUUCCACUCUAGCGCCCUCUGCGGGUAUUAAUAUGUAGCGUCGGGGAAAGGGAUUAAAAGAAUGCUAUUGGCCUCCACUGGCCAAUGAAAGAAUGGCAUUCGAAGCAACCAAUUAAGGAGAGCUGGCUUCAGCUACAUUGUUUGAAAAGUCAGAACCAGCUGGAAGAAAGGGACAGACCGAUAUUCCACUUAGGAAAGAGUCUUCAUUGAUAAAAACAUCAGUUGUGUAGCCUAGAACAGAGAUGGUAGGCAGUGGCGCUGUCCUGUGGCAGCUCUGUGGAACUGACCUUCCGUCCACAGUGGUGAAACGCGGUAUUGCAAGUGCACCGGCUAUAUAUAUACAUUACACUAUAUAAUGUUACAAUCAGUCCUAGUGCAUAAAGGGCAAUUCCAAUGUGUGAUUCGGCCUCGGUAGGGUGUAUAUCUGGGGGGUGUCGGACUCUCGGAGGUGUCUGUCGUGUAAUCUCUCACCGACUCACCCUGUCUCCUUCCAUCUUCUUGCACUUGUAUUAGUAGCCACAACUCUGGCUCAGUAGCAUUUUAUUAGUAUAUAGGGAGUAUUUCUUUCAAGGAGAACUAAAGCCUAAAAUAGAAUAUGGCUAGAAAAUGCAUGAUUAUGUACUGAAGUUACUGUACCAGCCCAGAGGCCCCAUAUCAGGGCUUUACAGUUGCCCCGGCAGCUUGUUAGGCCAUCUUUUGUGUGUCAGUGGCACUGCACGUGCUCAGUGGGCUGCUGGGGAGGAGCUAAGCUUAGGGGGCGUGGGAAAUCAUCAAGGAGGAAGUGAGGUUCUGAAUUAAUUACUAGCCUUCCCCAAAAGAAGAUGGGGGGCUACUGAGGACAUUUUCUGGGGCUCCAUUUUCCCCUGUGGAGCUGUGGGGGCCUUGGGCUGGUACUGAACCCCAAAACAAAAGGUGCAGCAUUUCUAUCCGAAUUCUUUGUCGGGCUUUAGUCCUAUAAAUAUGUAAUUUGACUUCCUUUGUGAUGAUUGGAGGGCAAUAAAUGUGAUGAUAAUGACUGAAGGGCUGUUAUAUGGGGGUCAGUCUUACAGAUUAUGGAGGGGGGUGGGGAAAGCACUUCAUGUAUUUUGACUGAUUAUAAAUAAAAUAUUUUGAAACAA